AUGUACAAUGAAUUUUUGAAAUUAUCUGUUGCCAAUGGUCAAUAUGAUAUAAAAAAUCAGAUCACUGCUGAUGUACACAUUAAAAAUCUUAAUGAUUGUAAUUAUGCAGUUCAGCUUAAAAAUGUUAAAAUUACCGAAAGUCAAGAUGAAACUGAAUCACCAGUAACAUCACUCGCUACAAAAGAUCUCGAAAAUCUUGUUGUUCGAUGUCGUUGGGUUGAUGGAUUUCUUAUUGCUGUUGAAGCUGACGCAUCAGCUAAAGCUGAUCAUGUUAAUUUUAUCAAAGGUAUACUUAGUGCACUUCAAGUGUACUCUCCUGUACCAACUGAUGGUGAAAACAUUGUACGUGAAGAAGAUGUACUCGGUGUAUGUACAACACGUUAUAAGUAUUCACAAAAAGGUGCUACAACACAAAUUAAUAAAAAUAAAGAUCUAUCAACAUGUUCGAAAGACAAAAUACAUUUAAGUUCAAGUCCUGUUUUAACUUCACUUCUUGGUCCACUUGUUGAAGAAGUUUUCUCAGCUAAAUCACGUUAUGUAUGUCAAACAGAAAUUCGUGAUAAAAAAAUUCAAUCGGUCAAAUGUAAAACAAUUGAAAUCGAUUCAGAUAGUGAUAAAAAAUCAGCUGAUAAACAUACACAUGAUAAUCAUGAUCAUAUUGAUGGAAGUGAUAGUAGUUCAUCGGAAGAAGAUGAUCAUGAUUUUAGUGACAAAGCUGAUGAGGAAGAAAUUUCAUCAAAACUUAUUUCGAUUAAACAAGAAUUAAAACUACAAACAACAAGUGUUGUUAAUGUUGAUGCAGGUUCAAUUAAAAAUGCUGUUCGACAAACACUUCAAUAUGAUCCAACAACAUCAUUUGAUAGAUCAAAUGAAGUCGUUUUAAAUUUAGUUUCAAAAAUUCAAGGACUUUUAAAAUCAAAUGAUUGGGAUCAAUUUGCUUCAUCUCAUUUUGUGGAAGUAGUUAAUGAAUUAAGACGUAUGAGUAAAGCUGAUCUUCAUAAUUUUCAAGCAAAUGCAGAUAUUAAAAAUGUCGUACCAUUAUUUCUUAAAGAAAUCUAUUCACAUGAUCCAGUUGGUUCAUCAAUCAAUUUUGAUCCUGCUACUUUAAAAUUUACAAAUCCAUUAGCAGUAUUUUACUUGGAUAGUCCAACCGAAGAUUUAGUUAAACAAAUUGUUCAAAGUUCAACGAAAUUAACUGCAGCACAAGUACCGGAAUUUGUUGUACUUGCAGCAACAAUUCUCAAAUCAUACAAAGCUCGACAAGAUAAUAAUAAAGAUGCGAAUGAUAAAAUUAAAGAAUUUCAAAAAGCUAUUUCAAAGUUUUUAAAAAGUCCAGCCAAAGAUUCUAGUAAUGUAACAACAGCUGUGUUAGCUGCUUAUGCACAAUUGGGCGUAUAUGAUGAUCAAGUACGAAUUUUAGCUGCUAAUGAUAAAGCACCAUUAGAAGUACAAUAUCAAGCUCUUAAUACUAUUCGUCAUAUAUGCGAUGAUUUUAUUGAUGAUGCAAAUCAAGUUAAAAUUCGAACAGAUCUUCAAAGUCUUUUAUUGAAAAUACUUCAAAAUAAAUCGAAUAAAAAUGCUGUACGUGUAUGGGCAUUUGAAGCAUUGUUUACAUCAUUUAUUUACAAUCCAGAAGAAGAUGAUUCAACAUUAGGAGAUAAUUUAGAAAAGGCACUUUCAGAAAUACUCGAUCAACCACUUAAUCAAGUUAAUGGAUUUAUUUGGUCAGCAUUAAAAUAUUCAGUUCUUGAUCGUCUCUGUCCAUUACGUGGUCUUGCUGCUCGUCUCCGAGCUCAUCAUAGCAAUAAAAAACAAUUCUUAGAACAAGCAACAUUAUCUUCACGUCAAAUUCAAAUUGAAUUACCACUUCGUCGAAAUUAUCGGGCUGUCAUUCAUUUAUGUGUUGUAUUUGAAAAUGAUCGAGCUGUUCCAUCAUUUAUCGGUGGUAAACUUGCAUUUGAUGGUAUACGUCGUGAAACUCUUCGUUUACCAUGGAUUGAAGUAGCAUUAAUUAUUGAAAAUCUUGAUUGGAAUUUUGCAGAUUAUUUCUAUCGAUUAGAUCCAUUAAAUACAAAUAAAAAUGUUGAUGAUACAUAUAAAGAAAAAACGAAAAAAGAUUUACCAGCUGGUUUAAAAAAAUUACAAGAAACUUAUGAUAAUAAAGAUGAAGAUCCUGAUCCAUCUGUUCAUCUUUUUUUGAAAUUAUUUGGUGCUGAUAUACGUUCACGUGAUAUUACAGAUAAAGUUCAAGAUUUACUUCGUAGUAAUUUACGUACAUUUAUUCGAAAUCAAGUUUUAAAUAAAUUCAAAGAUCUUGCUGGAAAAAAUCCAAUAUUUCGUAUUCCAUUAGAAAUAGGUGCGGCAUCAGCAGCUGCGAAUGGUUUAACAUUAUAUAAAUCAGCUCAACUUGGUAUACUUGCUGAUUUAACAGCUGAUUUUAAAGAUACACGAGAUAGUGCAGGUUCAGGAACAUUUAAAUUAACAAGUCAUUCAGCGAUAAGUUUAUCAUUUACAUUUCAACGUGAAGUAUCAUCACCAUUGACAAGUCUUGGAGAAACAGUUCAAAUUGGUGUUUUAUCCAAUGUACCAUUUGAUUAUACAGCUGUUGCAGAUAAAAAUGGACGAACACGGGAAUUUAAUCUUCUUAAUACACAAUCAACACUCCUUGCAACCAAUUUUAAAUAUGCAUUACGUACGUCAAAAGGUGUACAAGAUGUUGCAAAUAGAAAAUCUGCUAGCAUUGAUCCAUCAUGUACACCAAGUACUCUCUAUCGUGCAUUGGGUAUUCGAGCAUGUUUAGAACUUAAUCCAUUCCGUUCAAUUCAACUUGGUUCUCGACCUUCGUAUCCAAUUACUAUCACUCUUAACAAAGAUCCAUCAAUUAAAAAAUGGCGUAUUGGUUGGCGUUUUGAUGCAAAAGAUGCUCCACAAUAUGAAGUUGCUGUUCAAAGUAUCGGUGCAACUACUGCUUAUCCUGGUUUAGGAAUUUCUGCAACUAAAACUGGUACUAAUUUCGAUAUUAAAGUUUUAACUGGCAUGAAAUCCUUUUAUAUCAAAGGCACACAAACGGGUAAUAAAUUUGAUGGUACAGUUUAUUCCAGUGAUGAUAAAGAAGUAAUGACUACAUCGGGAACAUUAGUUAUUAAUAAUGAUGGAUUUAAAUUGGAUACUAAACUUGUUGAUAUUGCAAGUAAAAAAGAAGUAUUAGCAUUAAAAACUGAUAUCGUACCAAAUCGUGGCAAAGGUCUUACAGCUGAUAUUGCUUUAACAACACCAGAUAAAGCUCGAUCAUUUAAAAUUCAUUUUCUUGGUGAUUUAUAUCAACCAAAUAAUCGAUUGGUGCAUAUUGAUGCAGGUUUUGUUCUUGGUGACUUAAAUUACAAUGGUAAAGUACAUCUUGAACGUAGUGCUGAUCAAACACGCAUUGAAUUACGUCGUUCAAUGAAAUUGGGUAAAAAUUUACCACAAAACGGUUAUGAUUUUAUUUAUGAACGUAAACAUACUAAUGAUAAAACAAAAAAUGAUUGUAAUAUAGUUUCACAUUUAUCAUUACGAACACCACAACGUGAUGAACCCGUGAAAGUUUUUGAUUUCAAAUCAGAUUUUACUCGAACAACUGAUUUAUCAAAUGCAACACUUCAUAGUUCACUUGAUUUUGUAUUAUUAACACGUAAUCCACCAGUACAAGAACGAAUUGAAGUUGAUUAUAUUCGACAAUCAAGAAAACCAAAUAGUCAAGCAAAACGUUUAAUAUCACCAGAAGCAAAUUUAAAAGUUCAAGUUAAAACAAAAUCAAAUGUUUUUAAUUUUCUUCUUGAUCAUCAUCAUCGAAAAAGUUCCGAAGCAUCGAAAAAAGGACCUAUCAAUGCACCACCAACAUUUGAUAUUAAUAACAAGAUUCAUAUAGUUGCUGAUACAGAUAAAUUAUAUCCUGAUAUUCCACGUCCAUUUGCAUUUGAUGUUUUAUCUGAUCUUGAUUUUGAAUUACUUAAUAAAGUUGAUUAUAAAUUUCAAUAUGAUCUUCGUCGUCGCCAACGUUCAGCAGUAUUUACAUAUCAUAGUCAAGUUGAUAAAAUAACUGAUGGUCAUUUAUUUUCUGGUACAAGUAAAUCGGAAUUACAAUGGGAUAAUAAACAAAAAAAAGCCACAUCAACUGGUAGCUUUUCUAUUUGUACAAAUUCACGUUCAUUAAAAACACAUUGGGAUAUUGAUACAAAUAUUGUACCAGAUAAAAAUGAUGUUACACUUGAUGUAAAUAUUCGUUUUGAUCGACAACCUAAAAAAGAUUCACCAAAAUCAUUUAUUGGCACAUAUAAUGUCACACUUCGUGCACCUAAACAUGAAUCAAUUCAAUUAAUUGAUCUUGAUGGUAAUCUAACUAAACAAAUAGGUAAAUUUGAAACAUACAAUUCAAUUGCUUUUCGUCGUGAGAAAAAAUUAAAAGAACUUAAUUUAAAUGUUAUUGUUCAUCGUAAUCAAACAGGUGAUGGUUCAUUAAAAACAAAACUUGCACUUUCAUUACCAUUUAAAUAUAUUCCAUACAUAACACAUAAAUUAAUAAUACAACGAACAGCAUCAAAUGGACGCGUUAAAAAUAUUCAAUCAAAACUUCUUGCUAAGCCUGUUUUUGCACAUUAUGGUCAAAUUAAUAUUGAUCGUUCAGAUGAUGAUAAAAAACCACCAUGUGUACAUGUUAAAAAUGUAGUUGAAUAUUUACGUGCUAAUGGUGAUAAUUUAAAUGGUUUCUCAGAAAUUAAUGUACAUCGUUGGUCAAAAUUACAUACAGAAGGUUAUUUUAAACGUAAUAAUGAUUUAUUACAUAAACAUUCAAUUGGAUAUAUUUUUUCAAAUAAAACACGAAAAAUUGCAUUUUCAUUAGCAAGUCCACAAAUAUCAAAAAAUCCAUUAAGUUUUAUUGGUGAAUUAACUAUUGAUCGAGAAAAUCGAAUUGGAAAAUUAAAAUGGCCACAAGAAGUAACAUUUCAUCUAGAAUUUGGUACUCCAUUAUCAAACUUAACUGCAGUUUAUGUUUCCUACAAGUUACCUAUGUUUAAUAAAGAUGCUGAUCGAACUGUUGAUGCAUAUGUUGGUUUUAAACUUGCUUCACCAAAAAUUACACCAAUUAGUAUGUAUUUUUAUGGUAAAGGUUCACUGAACACAACUCUUCAUAUUAGUGAUACUAUUAAUAUUGGUGAUGAUAUAUCAUUAGGUGGUUCAUUAACAGCACAAUAUAAUCCUCAAUUAAUAAGUCAAAUAAGUAUUUCAACGGCUACAAAAUUUUAUGAUAAAGAAUUUCAAAAUUCACUUUAUGCACUUUUAAAACAACAUCAAUUAAUUGUACGUGGUAUUAUAAAUACAACAAAUGAUGAAGAUUAUAAAUAUGAAAUGGAUAUUGGUUUUGAUGAUGAUUCAUUAACUGGACAUACAGAACGAACUGAUGGACAACAAACAAUUAUAUCUGAUAUUGAUGCGAAAAAAUGUACACCAACCGAGAAAUUUUCUCGUUGUUAUAAAGGUGAUAUAACUGUUCGAACAGGUGUUAGUGGUGCGGGUAAAAAAGGUACAUUUGAUGUUAGUCUUGGUCGUGGUUCAGCUAAAAUUGAUAUUAAAGUACCAGAACAAAUUGAACUUAAAUUUAAUCAUAUACAUAAUGGUCGUAUACGUGAUGAAGAUUUUAGUUCAAAAACAACAAUUGAAGGAAAAUCUUUACAAGCUGAUAAUAAACGUUCAUUUAAUUAUGCUGGUUCAGUUGAAAAAGAAGAUGCAAGUGAUAUUAAUUUUAAUCAAAAAAUAACAAAUAAACUUUCGGGACAAUUUCAACGUAAAAUUAAUGUUAAUAUUCAACGAUCAGGUUUAACUGUUAUUGAUUGGGCAAGUGAUGCAGUUAGUUGUAAAGAUGCUAAUCCAUCAAAUGUUCUUACGGGUAUUUGUGAAACAGGAAAAUUUACUUUAAAAACAAGUAAUGUAUUAGCACAAAGACUUCGACAACGUCUUGAAUUACCACCGGAUCCGAAAUUAUCAAAUGCAGCUGGACAAGUCACAUAUGAUGGUACAUUAAAAUUAGAUUUAAAAUUUGAUCCGAAAACAGGUCCACAUACAUGUAGUCUUGAUAUUAAUCGUUUACAAGAAGAUGCUGUUGAUUUAAAUGUUUCAUAUCAACCACGAUAUGAUAAAGAACCAAUGAAUCUUGAUUUAAAAGCAAAUUUUCCACGACAAAAUCCUAUAUCAGUUAAAUAUGAUGAAAAACGUAAUACACCAACAAAUUUUCAUGGAACUUUAAAAUAUUCAUUUAAUUCAAAUGAUAAAACAGCUGAGAAAGCAUAUGAAUGUGAUGUUGAUCGACCUGAUGCAAGUGAUUUCUCAGUGAAUUGUAAAGGUGAACGAACAACAUUAACUAUUGAUGUUGAUCGUAAUGCUGGAAAAUCAAAAGCUUAUAUUGAUUUAAAUCGAUUUGAAGAUUUUACAUUAUAUACAUUAAUUACAUCAUGGAAUAUUAAACGACAACCAGGAAAAUCAGCUACGAUUGUAGUUAAACAAAAAACGAAAGAAGUUUUACGUGUCGAAAGUGUAAAAGUUAAUGAUCACGAAGUUACUAUGAAAUUUACACCAUCAAAUAUUCAACUUAAACUUGAAUGGGAUAAUUCAACUGUUGUAACUUUAAAACAAACACAACCUCAACAACGAAAUCUUGCAACAUUAACUGUUGAUCGUGCAAGAAUACGUUCGUAUUUGCCAUCAUUACGUAAUCAAAAUCGACCAUCACAUGAUAUUGAUGAAGCAGGAUCAACAUCGAAAAAACCAUUAGUUGAAUUAGCAUUUGAUUCUCAUACAAUUAUUUCACUUUCUCAAGCUCUUAAUAAAUUAGGUUCACAUAAUGGUCUCUAUGGUUUAGAUACAGUUAAAAAAUCAUUUAAAUUACAAAUAGGUGAUGCACCAUUAACAGUUUAUAAUAUUCAACAUUGGAAAACACAUCGAGAACAUAGUCAAUUACCGGAAAGUUAUUCUAUUCGUAUUGUUAAUGAUGCUAAUGGAAAUUUUAUUCAAGCAACAACAAAUAAAUGGAAUGAAGAUCGAUUAAUUGCAAAAAUAAGUCAUUCAUUUGAUGGUGGUAAAACAACAACAACAGAUUUGAAAGUUGAUAGAAAUUAUGGACAUCAAGUUGGUUCAAUUUAUUUUUUUCAUAGUUUAGGUUAUCGAAAUAUUGAAGGAUCCAGACAACUUCGAAAUUUUACACGACAUUUUCUUCGUAGUCAUUUAUUAAAAGAUUUAAAUCAAACAAAUCUUGCUGAAUUAGUUCGAGGCUUUCGUAAACGAGUACGAUCAAUUUUGGAUGUAGAUUAUAAUGCUCUCAAAGCAAUUGUUGCAACAUGGAAAGAGGAACCAGAAAAGAGCUUUCUUCGACAAUGGUCUAAUCGUCUUGGUUUAUCGGAAUUUUUUGUAAAAUAUCCAACGUUUGGUGAAGCAUCAGAUCGUAUAUCUGUUAUUCUUCGUGAACGUGCUCGUGAACGUGAAGAAUUCUGGCGUAAUCGUAUUGCAGCAAUUGUUGAUGAAAAUCGUAUAAAAGAUUUAGCUGAACGUGCUCAAGCUCGUCGAACAGAAUUAAUCAAGCGUUUAUUAGAUAAAGCAGAAAAAGCUCUCGAUCGUUUCUUACCAAAAGUAGAUCAAGCUGAUGUUGACAAACGUAUAGCUAAUUAUAUUACAAAAUUACUAGCAACAUUUGAACAAUAUUCUAAACGAAAAACUGAACAAUGGAAAGCAGUAUUUAAAGCUAUUGAUAAUGCAAGUAAAGGUGAAGAAAAUAAAUGGUUUCGAAUCUUAGUUGCUGAUAUUGAUUCAGAUGCAUUUGCUAAAGCUGCUGAUGCCGAAACAGAUAAAGUCAUUAAAAAAUUAGGUGAUUCAUCAAAAUUAUUUAUUAGUAAUCUUCAACAUUUAUCAAAACGUAUUACAAAACGACGAGAAGCUAUUCGUGAACGUGUUAAAAAUGCUAUUCGACAUAUUCCAAAGGCAUAUAUUAAUAAUACAAAUUUUGAAGUAUUAGUACCACUUGGUCGUGAACCAGGUAGUUAUAUUGGUCGAAGUGAAUUAGUACUUGGAGUUGGUAGUCUUCUUCGAAAUCGUGAUCAAGCAUAUGAUACAAUACGUUCAAUAUUAGAAAGUCGUAUAACAGCACGUAUGGAAAAACUUAAAAAUUCUUUUAAAGCAUUACGUUCACUUCUCAAACGUUUAUUGAAACGUAAUCCAUCAUUAACACCUGAAUUUAAAGCUAUUAUUGCUCAAACAGGUGAUGCUAUUGAUCUACAUGGAAAUUAUAUUUAUUUAAAUCCAGCUUGUGAUUAUAUCAUAGCUCAUGAUUUUUUUAAUUUACAAUUUUCAUUCCGUUAUUUUAAUGGUAAAAUUUAUUCAAUAAUUCCAAAUCAAGUUGAAAUUAAAGAUCAUGAAUGUUCCGAUACGGGUCGUGUACAAGUUUGUAAUCAUGGAGGUUUUUAUACUCUUAAUGUACCAAUGCAUUAUAGUGAUAAUGUUGAUGGUGCAGUUGGUAGUGCACGUGAUCGUACUCGUACGAAAAAUGCUAAUCUUAGUCGUUGGUUAGUAAAAGAUUGUCCAGCUGCAACACGUGAUCAACCGAAAAAAGGUGGACAAGCUAUUAUUGAAUGUACCAGUAAUGAUGAUGAUGAUGAAGAAUUUUGUGAAAAUUUUGUUCGUACUGGUUUAAAAGAAGGAAAAGAUAGACGACAAUUAAUUGCACAAGCUUUACAAGCACGUCAAGCAUCAACAUAA